CUACAUCACCCCUCGUUGAAUGGUCGUUAAGGCGCGUAGGAACAACCCCUGCGAUCGAUCUUCUGGAAAACGCUCUGGAGGAGGAUCGAUUAACCAAUCUUGGGGUGGGUGACGACGAAGGGCUCCUCACGGCCGCGCUCAAAGAAUGCCGCUCUAUUGGCGACGGUAGACGAGCACUCAGGUAUCUAGGCAUGGUAAACGAUUAUCAACUUCGAGAGAUAGAUUGCGUGUCCACAAUCUAUGCAUGUGCGGCCGAGGGUCUGACGGACGAGGCUGUCAGUGUCUUCCGUCGGCUGGCAAGGAGGAAGAGAGGGCCCGUCCGAGCUUGGGGUCCGCCGUGUUACGUCGCCAUCAUCGUGGCCUGCAGCAAGGGCGGUCGACCAGAGGAUGCGGUGGCGUUUUUUUCAGAGAUGGGGGUGAACGGGGAGCCGGCCCCAGACGCAGCCUGCUACGCCGCCAUGAUGGAGACCUACCGCCGGUCCGGGCGCGCCUCCGAGGCCUUGG